GCGUCUAGCGCGCGUCACAAACUCAAAGCAACUGGGAGGCAAGCAGGAGGCUUAAUCGGUAUAAAAUAUCAUUAUAAUAAACGAAUUUUGUUUCAUAACAACGGCUGAAUGCUGCAAAAUGAUAUGCUCAUCACAUUACAAUUUGUCCUAAUUGGAAUGGCUGUUAGAGCAAACACGGGAAGAACUUCUUGGAGUUUUGCAACACAAAAAAAAGCGUUGCCAUCCUCUCAAAACAAAAUACUGAUUGUCUUUGGGGAAGUAUCUGGAUCCUAUUUUAGAAGAAAUUUCUGGAGCCCUAUCAUACCGGAGGAAUAGGAAAUAUGGAAGGCCAGAUGCAAGUCUUUGGAAGCAAUCUGGACAAUUCUGAAAGAAAUUAUCAGAACGUUGUACCUCCAAAUAGAACAAGAGCAAUGAAAUCAAAGUCAGGGGCAUCUUCAUUUGUGCAUAUUGCCAAUCAUACGGGUUGCAUCUCUUCGAGAGCAUCUAAGAUCGUCCUCUACAUCUUGGUGUGUGUAUCCCUGUUGAUGGCAACAGCUGCUUUCCUGCUGGCCUUUUUGAAAUUUAUCCCUCAGUGUCCAAAAGGCUGGCUGAAGUUCCAGACAAAUUGCUACUACUUCUCUGCUGAUCAGCAACCUUGGGAGAAGGCAAUGAGUAACUGCCAAAGCCUCAAAGCUCACCUGGUAGUGAUUGAUGAUAAAAAUGACACAGAUAAACAGGGAUUUCUGGACCAUCUAAAAAAUUCUAGCUAUUGGAUUGGCCUCAGGAGGCACCCUAAAGACAAGUGGAUGUGGAUAAAUGGCAAAUCCUUUCAAGAGGCGACUCAAUCUAUUGAAAAUAAUAAAAAAGAAGACUGUAUGUAUAAUCUCUGGAAAGAUUCUAAAAGUAGGAAAAAGAAAACGGCUUGUACAGAACGUUUUCCUUAUAUCUGUGAAAAAGAGCAAACAUAAAAUUAUGCAAUUUUAUAAAGUUUACCUUUUCUUUUUUUGAAAAAAUCACGUACUUCAUUAUUUGAUAGUUUCUAUCCAAUUUCUUAGGGAGUUACAAUUUUUCAAAUGCUGCAGUAAUCAGAAUAAGACAUUCCAAUUAGGAGAUGCUGCUGCCUAACAAACACAACUUGUCUUUUCUUGUUUGUUUGUUUUUUUAUUUUAUUAAAACAAGGUAAGGGUAAAAUAGAUUGUAAGGUGGAGCAUAUUUUAAAAAUGUUUUAAGGAGUGUUGUAACUUGAAGCUAGAAGAAGCAUCCAUAUUCAAUCAUUCUAACUUGAAAAACACUUGUAUAGAUAAAGCUAAGAUGUGACAUAAAAUAUUAAUGUAGCCAACAAGCAGUUUUUAAUAAAUCUGUCUGGAACUCUA